GGUAAUCUUCGAUCUGAUUAUUUGGUAUCGGUAUCGGCAUAUCCUUCGUCGUUUCCUGGCCGGAUACUCAAGAUGAAGUGUUGGAAAAUUUCAGGCUGCUUUGUGUUGUUGCUCCUCUUUUUCACUCAGUUAGGUUUUCUAUUUGGGUAUGUGUUCGAUUAUUGGGAAAAAGUUCCGCAGGAAAGGUGGGAAGGUUAUUCGUCUUGGGUACAUAGUUCGCUGACGAUUGGAGCGGGUCUUUGGUUUCUUAUCAUCUGUAUUGUGAGCUUCAUUCUAGGAAUUUUGUUUUUUUUUUGUGGAUGUAUUUCGGAAGGAAAACUUCGUCACUACUCUUUCGUUUGGCUUGUGUAUACUGUUCUGUUUAUAGUGGAUUUUUCCUUGGUAUUUGCACUGGUCGAAGAUAAAGAUAUGCUAAGUAAAGAACGAUUCCUCGGACCGAAGAUAUUAGAAACUGUCCUGUGUAUCACACCAUUCCUUCUUCUGCUAUUGUUGAACUCGGCUGACGACGACGACAUCAAACACCACGGAGACUUCAAAUGGCUGUGUGGCACGAUGACGGUACAACUAUUCGAUGCAAUCGAUAUGAUCGACAUCGUACUCAGCGAAAAAGGAAAAGGCAGUGAGAUACCUAAGGUAUAUGGAAUAUUGAUGAUUGGGAUAGCUUGCGCAAGCCUGCUUCUUUCCGCAUGGCAGCUAAUACAGUCAGUAAAUAGGAAGUCCACCGGUGCCUUUGGGAUUGGAGAGAACAUUCGAUUAUUCUUGAUGAUAAUGAUAAACGUAGCGUCACUGACUCUUCGAGUAAUUGUGUUGGUUAAGUAUGGGACGAAUGAAACGAUUUUCAUCGCUAAGAAUGUUAUCUCGAUUUUUACAUUAAUGAGGGAAAUGUGCUGUUCCACUGGUCAUAGCUAUCAAGUCUUACGAAUGUGACCUGUUGAAACUCAAUUGGGGCCUAAAGUAGCUCUCCCAAACCAAAGCGACGAGGAGGAAUACUUUGAUUCUUAAUGAGAGAUGUGUUUUGCUGACUCAUCAUCAGCGCACAAACAACUUUUUAGGUUUCGUAAUGAUUGUUAUGCAAGGAAUUUCCUUUGGUAAUUUUAAAUAAGAACAUGUAUGCGACUCCUAGCCAGUUAGAACACUCUGCCUCAAGUGGUUGUGAAUUAAUAUAGAGGUUAAUUGUUUUUUUCUGUUAUGUAAUGGCAUGCUUUUGUGUAGUUUUUUUUACAUAGUUUAAGAACAUUUCAGGAAACCUAAGCUUUUUUUUUAUUAUCUGCCAUUUCUAACAAAUUACAACAAAAAACAAAAAUAUAUAUUUUUUAGUGCUGUUUGAUCAGAAUAUUGAAAAGUAGCGAUAUCUUGAAUGAUAUCUAAAUGAGUUAUCAUAGAAAGUUUAUACUUAUGUUGUAGUGGAACUUAUUCAAAACUUUCACAUCUAUUUUCUUCAAAUAAAAUUUGAUUCUAUUUGUGCUAUUUAGAUUUAGUAGCGUGGGGAUAAGUUAUAAUUAAUGGAAAGUUGGUAUUUAAAUUAGUUAUAAUUAAAUACCUAGAAGUGUAUAUUAAAUUGUAAAAGGAAAAUAAAGUAUAUCAUAUGUAGUCUGU